AUGCGACGAUUACAGAUCAGAGUUGUUCGGAAGAAGUUGGAGAAGAAGGACGCGAGUCCUGCACCGGAGACAAAUGGCGUUCAUACAAACGGAAUCUCUUCCGCGACACCCACUUCGAACACAACUCCCUCGAAUGGUGUCUCAAAUGGCAGCAUAUCACCUACUGAUCUUCAAGCCCCAAAGACUAUUCCCACGGAGGCUUCUGAUGCCACCCCUUCAGUGAUCAAGUCUUCUUCUAGAGAAAUUGCCGGAAGCUGUGGUCCUACUCCUAACGGUGUAGCAGAAGCAGCAUGCUCGUCAAAUUCGACGGAGGAAGUGGAGAACUCAAGUUUGAGCGAAUUAAGGAAGAAGUUAAUGCAGGCGUCGGAGAGUACCAGCUCGGCGAAUUAUGAAUCUCGAGUUACGACACAAUCACGGGCUUUCGCAAGCAGAAAAAGUUCCACCCCUGAACGACGACUUGAUCCCAUCUACGAAGGUAAAGGUCGGAAAGAGAGAUCUACCUCACCGGCUCAAACCCAUGUCCAGGAAGUGGUUUGCAGAGCGAAUGGUGCUCCAGCCGAAAUUCCUGUGCUUUGUCUGCAACUCAUACUUGGAAACUACUUCACUUAUGAGGAGCUAGGACGUCUGAGGGGUGUUCAUCCGCAUUGGGAUGAGAUAUGUGGACAACUGCUGAAUGGCGCCUACUAUAGACUUCUCGAAAGGUCGGACAAGAUGCUGAUGAUGUUGCAACGAAAACUGCCAGCUGAUCCAACCUUGCAUUUUCCUACCAGCAUUCUCACCAGCGUUCAAGUGCACAUUCUGAAUCCCGUCGAUAUCAUGAGAGCUGUUUUGGACGAAGGUGUAUGUUGUUUUCCUUAUGGAGCGAUUCUUGACAAAACGAAUGCGAUUCUCGACCAGAUCGAGUUUAUGCUGUACGGCGGAGAUCAGAUCAAAAUCAAGUGGGAACCCGUCGCUUUGUUGGCAAAGAAGGCAUCACUGCAUUACCGUACCCAUCUAGAGCGGAUUAUGGAAGAGAGACUCGGUGAGGGAUUGCGACUGAAGGCUGCGCAACGAAUUCUACGGCUCGACUCAUUUUUAGUUGAGAGUACAGUGACAAAGCUUGAGAAGGAUACCACCAAGGCGAGAGACGAGUUGAAGUGGGAACUGGAGCAGUUACAACAACAGAACGCUCAGCUACGCAAAGACAAUCGCCAGUUGAAGA